AUGGAAGAAAUUUUCCAAGAACUGAACGAACAACAAAAGCAAGCCGUCUAUGAAGAAAGUCCGCGUAUUUGUGUUAUCGCCGGUCCUGGUUGUGGUAAGACUAAGACGCUAGUUAGCCGGAUUAUUCACCUAUUAUCCAGUCAAAGAGCCCAACCUCAUAAUAUCCUCGUUUUAACUUUUGCCAAAAAAGCGAUUAAAGAAAUUAAAAAACGGGUUUUUUCUUAUAUUACUGAUGUUUCUCCUAAGGACCUUCAUAUUCACAAUUUUCACUCUUUUUGCUUCCGAGUUCUUAAUAAACACGCUCACUUAUUAGGCUUUCCGGAAAAAAAACUUCAAUUUAGUGAUAUUGCUAUUCUUUAUCGAAACAAUUAUCUUUCUAGCCGUAUCGAAAUGGAAUUGGCUGCCCAAAAGAUUCCUUAUGAAAUAUUAGGUUCUUUCAAAUUUAUUGAACGAGAGGAAAUCAAGGAUGUCUUGGCAAUUUGCCGUACUGUUAUUUAUCAGGAUAAUCUUUCUUUGCUAAGAAUGUUAAGUUUACAAGAAAAAAUUGGAGCCCGCACAAUUGAAAAGAUUGAAAAAAAAAGUGAAGAAAAGGGGAUGAGUAUAUAUAAUUAUCUCAAUAAUUUUGCCACUAUUGCUGAUUUAAGCCAAGAUAAAUUAGCUACUGGCCAGGUAGAAAAAAUUGGUGAGGCUGUUCUGAAAAUCAAUAAUCACCAAGCAAAGUUAGCCAAGAAAAUUUCUCUUUAUACUUUUCUCUUGGGACGACGUAAAGAAUACAUAAACCUUGAUGAAUUGUUAAAUAAUUUUUUACAAUGGCUAGUAAUUGCUUUUGAGGACAAAAAACUAAUUAAAACUCGAAAUAAUCUAAUUCUUUCCUCGGUUCACCAGGCCAAAGGUUUAGAGUUUGAAGUAGUAUUUUUUGUUUAUUUGGACCAAGGAACCCUUCCUUAUCGGGAGACUCAAGAUGUUACAGAGGAAAAAAGGUUAUUCUAUGUUGGAAUUACGCGAGCCAAAAGACUACUUUAUUUAGUUAGUAGCCAAGAGUUAUAUUCUCCUUUUUUGGAUGAACUGGAUAAAAAAAAUGAUCUUGAUGAAAUUAGGAAUGUAUUUAGCAAAGUAACUUUAACAACACCAGAAGUAAGUUGCAAAGCAUUUCUGUGCUCUAACGAAACAGAUCCUUCUUGGGAGGAUUAUUUAAUUUAUGAACCAGUAUUAAGGAGUAUGGGAGAAAAUAUAGCAGUGAUUAAGUACGACCUUAAUAUAAGCAGUGCAACUAAUAACUUAGUAACGGCAGAACAAAUAGUUAAACAUCCUUAUGUAAGGAAUAGUCAAGUAGGGACUUCUAAUAAUGUUUUGGCUGAAGCAAUUGGACCUAUCUCUUAUCUUUCGCCAAUUUAUCUUUAUUCAGGAACUACUCCUAGUGAUUUGGACAGAUUUUUUAAGCCUUUAGAUAUUGUUCAGACUAAGUUGGUUGAUAAUAUUAUUGGAGUAAGAUAUUAUCACGUUGGUAUUUAUUUAGGUGACAUAGGAGCUAUUUUUUUGUUUGCGAGAAGAGGUAGCAGUACCAACAACCAAGGGUUUAAUUUAGGAGAGCAACAAAGACAGCAAGUUAGGGAAGCGGCUUCUCAGUUAAUCGGAAGUAUUCUUGAUAACCAAAAUAGUUUCAAUGAAUUAACUACUAAUUCGAAUGGAACCAAACGAGAUAUCGAUGAGAUAGAGGAGGUAUUUUUAUCGAAUAGUCUUUCGCCUUCUCCUGAUGUUCCGGUGCCAAUAAAGGUUCCUAACUCACUUUCUCCGGAAAUUAUUGAGCAGAGUUGGUAUGAACUCCGGAUUUUUUUGACAGCCGGCAAAGACAGAGGAGAUUAUAACAAACUAUUGGAGAAAUAUUUACAAAUAAUUAAAGAAGUAAAAACAGUUCAAGAAUUAUUUAAAGAAUACAUAAAGGCUAGAAAUGAUUUGAUAAUUAACCAAGUAGACCGAAGCAAGGAAUUGAUUGCUAAAGGUUAUUCAGAAUUAGAUAUUGUUCAAUUAAAAGAAUGA